GCUCCGCAGAGGAAGCUUUCACUAGCCAUCUCCCUGAUCGGUAAUCCGAAAGUGGUGUUGAUCGAUGAAUGGAGCGCUGGUGUCGAUGCGGCUACGAAGCGCCAGAUGUGGCAUACCCUACGCCGAGCUACAGCCGGCAAAGCAGUCGUCCUUACUACCCAUUCGAUGGAGGAGGCAUCAGCUUUGGCGAACAGGGUCGGGAUCAUAGCUUCGAAGAUGCUUGCUAUCGACACAGUCCCCGCGCUGUGUGCACGCUACGCAGUGUACGAAGUGCAUCUCUCAGCGCGAACAGCAGAGCAGCAAAUGCGCGCUCGACAGCUAAUCGCAGCCGCUUUCCCAGACGCAAAGCAAGCGGAGGACGUCUCGACACGGUUCGAAAUUGCGCUCGAAGAUAGGACGCUGGCAGAUCUGUUCGAGCGCUUGGCGGAGGUGGAGGCUAGACAUGAUACAGGUGCGGAAGGGCUGGAGCACACCGUCGAGCGACUUGGGCUCGAGAGCGUAUUCCUGAAAGUUGUCAGGGGUGACCAGGAUGGAAGACUCGUGGGAGAGGAAGGAGAUACAAAACCGGAGAGAAGAAGACGCUGGUGCGGACUGUUCUGA